CUCAACCACAGGCAGCAGCUGCCCGCCUGCCCACCUCCCUGCAUCCCUCAGAGGGAACUUCUGCAGAACCAGGUGAAGAGGCUCACGCAGGCAGGUAGUAGGGGCAUGAAGGGGGAGUCUGCUCCAGAAUUGGGUUGUUGCCACAAGACUCAACCUCUGGGGAGUACAGGGAGCUCCCUGUCCUCCAGCCUGGACUUCCAGCUCUGCCAAGGCAACCAGGUCUCCUCAGCUCGCAGGCCACUUCCUGACACUGUGGAUGCCCAUGGCUCAUCUUGUGCCAGCUGGCUGUGCCCCUUGCCGCUGGCGCCAGCCAAGUCUGCCUUGCUGACCUGUCCCCAGGGCCUGGACCUAUACCUGUGUGCCCUGCAGCCGGCAUCGCUGGGCAUGGCCCCACAAGGUCUCAGAAGCGACACCUUGAGCACAACGCUCCAGCCCCCAGGGCUGCAUGCAGGCUCCACUGAUGGCGAGAAACUCACGGCCAAGCACUCUGCGAGCAGGGACCAGAGGGGAAGCCAAUGGGAAAGAGCUGGAGAGGGGGCCCACUGCCCAUCCUUCUGUCCCCACAGCAGCUCUUGCCCACCCCCCUGGCAGAACAGAAAGAGCCCCAUCCCCUUAGCUUUCUGCUCCUGUCUGUCCUGCCUGCUGCCCACUCCCAUCUCCAAAGAGCUCCCAUUCCGCCUUCACCCCUUCUGUCCUGCAUAUCCACUUCUCCUGCCUCCUCUUUACCUGCUUGCCUAUGGGGCCCUACCUUCUGUCCGAUGCCCCUGCCUCUUCAUGCAGCCCCCAGAUCCCUCCCACCCCAUCAUGGCUAUGCCCAGCUUGCUGAUGAGUGUCAAUGAGCCUGGGCCCCCCACGGCCCAGAGGGAGACCCUGUAUCCUUACCCAGGGGCCUCCCAAGCCUCUGGCCAGAUCCAGCCUUUCCAGGCCUGGAAUCCAGGCCCUGGAACUGCCAGGACCUACUCCUCAGGGCAAAAGAGUGCUGGCAGGGCGGCUCCAGCGAGGCGGACCCCACUGGGCUCCCGGACAGGCACCGCAGCACUGCCUUACCCACUGAAGAAAGAGAAUGGCAAAAUCCUGUACGAGUGCAAUGUGUGCGGCAAGAACUUCGGGCAGCUCUCCAACCUCAAGGUCCAUCUGCGUGUGCACAGUGGGGAGCGCCCAUUCCAGUGUGCCCUGUGCCAGAAGCGCUUCACUCAGCUCGCCCACCUGCAGAAGCACCAGUUGGUGCAUACCGGGGAGCGGCCCCACAAAUGCCUGAUGUGCCACAAGCGCUUCAGCAGCUCCAGCAACCUCAAGACCCACCUGCGGAUGCACUCAGGGGCCCGGCCCUUCGGAUGCAGUGUCUGCCCAAGUCGCUUCACCCGGCAUGUUCACCUGAAGCUGCACCAGCGGCUGCAUGCCCGCCGGCCCUGCGGCUUAGCUCACACCCACCUGCCCCUGGCGUCUCUUGCCUGCUUUGCCCGAUGACACCAGGAAGCCCUAGGUCUUGUGGGGGUGUCAUCAGAGAGGCAGCUGGGCUGGGAUUCGGAAAAGGUCAAGAGGUCCUCAGCAUCGGGGCAAGUAAGGGCAGCCAGCCUGAGCCCUGGUGCCAGGACUGUCCUGGGGAGGGGGCAGGGCAGAGCGAUUAAAGGAUUUUUCUCUAUGGCAAGUCGAGGCCUCCUGAGCUUCAACAGUGGCGGGGGAAGCCACUGUGUAUUGGUCAGACUUCGCAAUCCACCAGGUCAGGGGACACAGCCACGGAGAUUCUGUGAUGCUCUCCCCUGGGGUGGGGCAGGCAGCCAUCUCCUGCUCCUGGUCUGGGACAAGGCCCUCCAAUCUCAGCUUGCCAGUGGGUAGUUCGGCCUUCCAGGACUCUGCACGGUGCAGACUGCCGCCACGCACCGGGCACAUUGCUCUUUUUCCUGAACAGAUGUUCCAGCACCUGCCCAGAUGCAUGUCUGCUGCUUCCCACCACUUUCUUGUCUCACAGUUCGUAAGAAGCCACUGUGCCUCCUUAGCUGGUAUUCCCUGUCACGGUCAGGGGGUGGGGUGAGCUCCUCCCUCUGCACCUGCUAGGAGCUGAGCCCCCUGUGGGGUGGAGGGACAAGAACACAAGGAUGUCGAUGUCUACUCAUGACCCGGAAGCAAGAUAUCCCCCUGUGUGCCAGGACCAGCCACCAAAGAGGGCAAAGGGCUAAGGAGGUGCGAGCUCAGGGAAGAGGUAGAGGCUCUACAAGGAGUAUAAGGAGGGAAGAACUGGCAAAGAGAGCCUGAGGAGCUAGGACCCUCCUGAUGACCUUUCUCUCUGCAGUCCCAGAGGAUGCCCUCAGAUGUGCAAGGUCUUCUGCCCCCCACUUGGGAGUUAGCAACAGGUGGGGAAAGGGCACUGCCUGAGAAGCAAGAUUAUUAAUCACAAUAAACAGUAGCUAUUAUUGGGGUGCCUGGGUGACUCAGUGGCUAAGAAUCCACCGACUCUUGAUUUGGACUCAGGUCAUGAUCUCACGAUUUGUGAGAUCCAGUACAGAGCCUGCUUGGGAUUCUCUCCCCCUCUCCCCCUGUGCCCCCCCCCCCAACACUCAUGUGAGGGCGCUCUCUCUCUCUCUC